ACUGUUAACUCAAUCCCAUGGCUCACUCCUCUCCUCCCUCUUUUCGAGCCUGUGCGUAAUGGUAGAGAAGAGAAUGAACUCUCUUGUGAAAUGGGUGCUGAUCCUACUGGUCCUUUUCUCAAUCAUUCUCAACAUAGUUCUAAUUGCGAUCCACUCCAGCAGGGCGCCCAAAUGUUCCGCUCGUCCUACCCACCCGCUGCGGGUCAAACACGAUGAACGUAGCGUCGUGUUCGCAGAUCUCACCCAGGAGGAAUACUUGCAGGUCCAGCAGUUCAUGCUCAAACAAAAAGACUUGGACAUAUCCACAAACCAGAUCACGAAGCCAUGGGAAAACUUUUUGUUUUUAAUAGACCUGUCCUUGCCAAGGAAAGUGGACGCACUGGCUUUCUUGGAUGGGAAAGGUGUCAAGCCUGUCAGGGAGGCAACGGUGGUGGUCUUCCACGGUGCGCACGGCUACAUAAAGGAGUACGUAGUGGGGCCUCUUCCAAACCCAACAUACUACAAGGAUGUCACCAAGGAGAGGUACAAGACAGACCUGCCUAUCACUUCGCGCGCCGUCACCGUUGGAGAAUACGCAUUACUUUUCAGUUUUUUUCAGCGCCAUGUCUUCUCCAAACUUGACAAGCUCAUGAAAGAGAGUUUCGACGUGGAUGAGGACAAGCAGCUGAAUGCGUUUGAGCAGAUGCCUCGUGGAGUCCGAGCCGGGGACAGGAAGACCUGGGUGUCUUUCUUCAGAGACAUGAGCGGCAUGUACAUCCAUCCGGUGGGCUUCGAGGUUCUGGUCAACCAUGAGAGCGUCAACGCUUCCGAAUGGCAAGUGGAGCGGCUGCUUUACAAUGGUCAGUACUUUGACACUGUAGAGGAACUCAAACAGAAGUAUGAAGCUGGAUCUGUAAAGAAAAUAAAGUACAAGGAGACAGCUGAUUAUGGAUCACUGAGACCAAAGCACAAAACUCAGCAGAUCGGUCCGCAGCUGUUUAACGUGGAAGGCAAACGCUACAGCAUCAGCAACAAUCACGUGGUUUACUUGGACUGGAGCUUUGUCUUUGGACUGAGCGCUCAAACGGGCGCGAGGGUUUUUGACGUGCGUUUCAAAGGUGAGAGGAUCAUCUAUGAGCUGAGUGUGCAAGAGGCCAUGUCAGUGUACGGCUCAGUGACUCCAGGGAUGAUGAUGACGAAGUUUUUAGACUCCAGCAUCGGGAUAGGACGCUUUGCGCAUGAACUAGCCCGUGGUGUGGACUGCCCCUACGAUGCCACCUACAUCGACACGUACCGCUACAUUGAUGUCCCAACCCCGGUCAGAUUUCGAAAUUCAAUUUGCGUCUUUGAGCACAACUUGGGUCAGCCUCUGCGGAGGCAUUUCGCAGACUUUUUCCACAACAGCUAUGGGGGGAUGGUGAACAGUGCUUUGGUGAUGAGGACAAUCACGGCAAUAGGAAACUAUGACUAUAUGUGGGACUUCAUCUUCUACCAGAGUGGAUCAGUGGAGGCUAAGGUGCAUGCCACUGGCUACAUUUCUUCUUCUUAUCUUAUGGAUGGAAAUCUGAAAUAUGGACACCAGGUGGCCGAGAACGUGCUUGGGAACAUUCACACACACUUUAUCAACUUUAAGGUAGAUCUGGAUGUGCGAGGUGUAAAUAAUUUUUUCCAGACCAAAGAUAUGAAGUUUGUCAACACAUCUCUGCCAUGGAUGCCUGAUCGCCACGCUAUGGUCCCUCAGCUUGUGGAGAAUCAACUGAAGACAGAAAAGGAAGCUGCUUUGCGUUAUGACACCAAAACUCCACGCUACCUUCACAUCGCCAGCAACGAGACAAACCGCUGGGGUCACCAGCGCUCCUACAGGCUGCAGGUGUUCAGCUUCACUGGGGACCACCUCCCAGAGAGCCAGGUAGAGGAGAGAUCUAUGUCCUGGGCCAGGUAUAAGGUUGCUAUCACCAAACAUAAGGACUUAGAACAGACCAGUUCGAGUUUGUACAGUCAAAACAACAUGUGGAAUCCAGCUGUCGACUUCAGCAAAUACAUUGAAGACAAUGAAAGCAUAGAAAAUGAGGACCUGGUUGCCUGGGUGACCACCGGUUUCCUCCACAUCCCACAUGCAGAGGACAUCCCCAACACUGUGACUGUGGGUAAUGGAGGUGGGGUCCUGCUGCGACCACACAACUACUUUGAUGAGGACCCCUCUAUUCACUCUGCUGAUUCGGUGUACAUCAGUCCCAAGGCUGUAGACAGCUGUGAAAACAACAGGAUGGCCUGCCUUGCUCAAGAGACCUGCAGCCCUGUCUUUGAGCCCUUUACAUAUCAUGGCUUUGAAGGAGUCAUGAGGUUUGAGGAUUGGGCCUGAUUAUCUGAAUGCUUGCAGACUGGAUUUCCUGAGUGGACCAUUCACACCUCUUCAAUAUUAGAUGGCCUCAUGUGGUGUCCACCAAAGGAACAGGAAGGAAACAAUUCACCUCAGUCUCAGCCUCCUUCUUUAUUACAGUAUGACAAAUGAAUGCAGUCUGCUUACUGUGAUAUGUUAGCUUAUUCAUCAAGGAUUGAAAGGGAACCCUGCAUAUUAAGACAUAUUGAUGUUAUCAAAUUAACAUUAGUGUCUUUUAAGUAUAUGUUGUACAAAGACACACACUUUUACAUUUUGAGUAAUGUAAAAUAUAUAUAUAUUCACAUGCAGGCUACUAUUGUUUUGCAAAGCACCCUGGGUAGUGAUGUCAGAUUGGUUGUAUUGUUUUUCUUCCCACAUCUUUUUAAUAGUACUUACCUGAAUCUACAUUACAACUUCAAUAUCUUCACAAAGACUGCGCCAUGGUUAAAGUUGGAAGGCUUUUAAGAUGACACGUGCUUGGAAGAAAAGUAACGGAGUCAGAUGAAUCAACACCCAAGGCUAAAAAAUAAGUGUGUUUCUUCUUUACAAACUACACAUUAAAGACACUAAAGUUAAUUUAAUAAAAUCAACAUUGCCUUAAUAUGCAGGGCUCCUGCUACAUCUCUGCUGGACUACUUCAUUCAUACACACAAGAGAAAGGACAACUGAGCUAGAGAAACACAAAGGGGGUUUAAGGAGAAACCUUGCCUCCGUCAGGUAUUUGCUUACAUUAACUUUAAAUGUAUUCAGUUAAGUGAACUGUGUAUGAAAGAAAAUCUGAUACAAGACUAUUUAACCAUGCAGAAGUCUGUCACGUAAGUCUUUGUUUUCUUUUUAUUAAAAAUUUUAUUUAAAAAUUCACCUGAGCAUACCUGUAUUAGCCUCAUAAGAUGAGGCAAAGUGGGUUUUUUUAAAAGUAUCUUUCAUACACAAAGACUUUGAAGUGCUAAAAGUCAUAAAGUACUUUUAAAAACACAUUUUUAGAAAAAAAAAAAAAACACGAUAUAUCACAAAACCAGCUUGAAAAUUCUCAAAAGAAUCACAUUGUAAAAGUCACACUGUGAACCCUGGCUCUUCUGGGCUCAUUGAGCAAUUGUACUGUUGAGGAUAAACCCUCCUUUAUGAAAAUAUAUGACUACUUAAAAAACUGAGGAAUCAAAUUGAGAUGUACAGUGUCAUUAGGCCCGAGCACUGACCCCAAUGUGAGAAUGCUAUAUGCAAGGAAUUCUUUUUUUUUUUUUUUUUUUAAUUGUUUUGUUUUUUAUAAAAUGUGUGUUUGUAAUGUGGAUCAAUCACUGUGUUUAAAUAAUUUGGUGAAAAUUCUUGAAACAUGCUGGUAUUGGUGAUUUGAUGGAUAAUUGAGUUGUCUUUUAAAAUUGCCAUUCUAACCCUUUAACUGAAAACAUUUGAAUUUUAAUCCAAAUGAACAGGAGUAUUAAGGAGACCUAGCUGUCUGUAACUUUGAAUGUAUGUAAAGGAAUGUGACUGUUCAACAUACUGUAUGGUCUGUGUAUGUGAAUAUUUUUUUCAUCAUCUAUCUUGCACAUGCACCAACAUUACCCUAUCAAAAUUUUGUCUUGCUCAAGAACUUCACAUACACAGUAUCCUACCUGAGGCUUAGUCUUAAUGUGGAUAUGUAUAUUAGCACCCCAUCAUGUAAGCUCUGUCCUGGUGUAGGUCUGGGUUUGGAUAGAGUAGAGAUGGUGGAAUUUUGCUCUAAGAGUAGUUUUGCACUCACCAUAAAUUAUAACAGCAAUAUUUGAGCACUUCUUCUUUUUAAUGGCACAUUGUAUUAUUGCCAUUUUUGAACAUAAUUGUCACGCUUUAAAGUAUAUUUUACUUUGUUUGCAUACCUGACUAAAAUAAAAACAUUUUACAAUGAAUAAAUAUGAUCUAACUGUAA